UAAUUUUCGAGCAAUUAGAUGGAGCCAAUUUCCAACCAGAUUUUCGCUCCAUUUAAAUAACAAUUAGUUUUGCGUAUUUCCGUUCUUUCAACAAACAAUGUAAUAUACACACUUUUGAGGUCAUUGAUCUGAGCCCAAGUACGAGCUAUGCAAAAUACUUCAAGUGAAAAUAUAUUAAUUGUAGAUGUCAAUUUUGUCCCUACGCCAUAUGGUUUAAACAUUUUUACUUGAGCAUUUAUACUUAAUACGUAUAGGUAUCACCUAUUACAUUUUUUUUUUUUUUAAACGGCUAAACUGAUAAGUAAUCUCUGUCUUAAUUGAAACUUUCUAAAAUGAUACAAUGCAUGACGAUCGAUUGUUACCAAACAUUUGAUAAGUUAGGGGCACUAUUAUAGAUGUUGGAGUAAGACCUCACUUUGUUACGACUCUCUGAAUUAUUCAUUAUUUUCAAAUCUUUUCAAAUAGUCACUGCGCGCGUCGGAUUUAUGAGCUAUGUGACUAAAAAGUGACGUUUCAGUUCAUAAAAAAAUUUCAUUGUCCCGAACAAGUGUUCCUACGAGAGUUAAUCUUUGCGAGAUAUCAAAACUCUGGUAUGAAUGGAAAUUUUCAAACACGUAUUCCACUGAAUAUUUUCAAUGAGCUACGCGAAUAUCCAAGAUUAAAUAAACAAAGACUUUCAUGAAUUUUUUCAAAUAAUAUAUCCAAAUUCAGCCGAAAAAGAGUUUUAAUUUUUACUCUAUAAUUGCACUGAAUCACAGCAUAAUGAAAUUCUGUCAGUCACAGAAAAUUUUUUGGUUUGUAUAAAUCAAAUCGUUUGCAAAAUUUGAUUUAAAAAUUAUUUGUUUAUUUUUUUGUUUUAAUCGAGAAUCUGCAGAGCUAUUUUUAAAUGCAUCCGUUCAAAGAACUUUAAAUGACUUGGAAUCGAUAAAAACUUGUAGUGAUUUUGGGGCAUUUGUAAAGGCACACACUCACUUUUUGUUCUAAACGUCAGACUUCCGGUGUCCCGCAUUUUUAUCGAUUGCAUCGUGCAUUUGAGUCGAAUCCGCCGGCUCGGUACAAAUUGCAUGCCAUACCCGCUUUACUAUUCGUUAAUCGAGAUAUUAUUAUUGUUCGGUUUGAGUUAAAAAAACUACUAAAUGAAAUUGAAUAAAACAUGAGUAAGGAGAGGCAAAUCGUUUGGGUUUUACGCAGCUCAGACAGGAUCGUUCGAAUCUAUGCCAGCCGGUGAAAACCACUGCAGAAAUUUUUGGCGGGCCUUCGCAGUCCAGGUAAAGAGACACUGAAGCUGAACAGAGAUGCGAGACAGCACUCGAGUAUCAGGUACUGACGGUGCGAUGGGGUCUCGCUUCAGUCGCAGCUCAGCAGUCGGCGCUCGCUGAUGAAACGAUGCGCCGCGCGGCAAGUAUAAUGUUGUGUACUCCAGCCUAGUGCUGUACACGGUACACCCACCGACGUCAAGAGCACGUUGCUGCCUCUGAGUCGGCUGCUGCUCGAAAUUCGCCACGAUAAGCAUCCCAAAUCACGCCGAACCUCGCAAGGACGAAAGUUCGUUUCGGAAAGAUGGCAGGAGCCUUGGCAGCAGCGGUCGAAGAGAUGGCCUCUGAUUACGCUGCCUUCGCCAGCCUGGACAUGGAAAACGAGCUUGGACGCAUCCAUGAAGCUGUCGAGGACAUGCAACUACGGCUCGAGGAAUUUUCCUCCAUUGUCGGAAUGCAACAAGCAAAAAAUGAUAAAGCUGUGACGGUAAACGUUACACGUUUUGCAGACCUACGACCCUUCGUUAACGAUCUAGCUUUACGCGUCGAAGCCCUUGAUAAUUUCAUUCAAAGAGUAAACGCUGAUCUUACUGUUUUGGAAGCCAACAUGGAUCUUGCCGAAGCUUCCUACAGUUCCGAAAGUAAAUUUUCCAAACUUAAUCCAUUCGCCUUAUUCAAAAAAACCUCCGAAUCGGUAUUGCAACAACCAUCCGUAAUAAACUACGAACCACCAGAAAUUUUCAAAAAAGACGAUUAUUUUCAACCGGAUACAGUUCAAUAAAAUGAAUUUCACGUGAUUUCAAAUAAUCGAAAAAUGCUUUAUUUUCAGUAAGGAACCAUAAACAUAAUUAAACUCCUUAAUACUUUUGUACUUAUCAAUAAUUCUAGAUGAAAUUCUCGCUUGUGUAAAUAAAUGUAAUUUUGUUGUAUGCGUGUUCAUUUUUUUUCUCUUGACACUAUUUCAU